CCCCCAACCCCCCCAACACCCGCCGCCAGGCCGCCGGAAUGCCGAAGCCCGCGGCGACGUUGGCAUCCCUCCUCCUCCCGCAGCUACGGCACCGCCCCUUCCCGCCACCUCCGCCCCUCCUCCCCCGCGCCCUCUCCUUCUCCUCCACCUCUUCCCCGCUCGUCGCCGCCCGCCGCCGCUUCCGCUUCUCCCCCACCACGCACCUCGCCGUCACCGCCGCCGCUGUAUCCAACGUCGCCGUCGAAGCCCCAGCACCCACCGCGUAUCCAGCGUACGACAGGAUUCUGCCGUGCCCUGCGCAGGACGACCCUCCGAGGAUCGAGCACCUCGUGGCGCGGGAAGACGAGGCCGCCGGCGAUUUCAUCUCCAGGUCCCUCGGCCUCCCUCCUCUGUACGUUGCAGACCUCAUCAAGUUCGGGGCCGUGUACUACGCCCUCGUCGCGCCGCAGCCGCCUCCGUACGCCGCUCCUGAGCAUGUUAGGAUCUUCAGAGAGGUGACCGAGCCGUCGGUCCUGCGCCGGAGGGCGUCCAUUAAGGGGAAGACCGUGAGGGAGGCGCAGAAGACUUUCAGGGUCACCGACCCCGGCCAGCACCUUGAGGCCGGCACGUAUCUGCGGGUUCAUGUGCAUCCCAAACGGUUCCCCCGGUGUUAUCAAAUUGACUGGAAAUCUAGGGUAAUAGCAGUCACUGAUAACUACGUUGUGCUCAAUAAGCCAGCUGCAACGUCGGUAGGAGGAGCAACUGAUAACAUUGAGGAAUCUUGUGUGGUUUUUACUUCGCGUGCAUUAGGAGUAGACAGUCCUUUAAUGACAACUCAUCAAAUUGACAACUGUUCUGAAGGCUGCGUGGUGUUGUCUAAAACCAAGGAGUUCUGCUCAGUUUUCCAUGGAUUGAUAAGGGAAAAACAGGUUAAGAAACUUUAUCUCGCGCUUACAACAAAACCUGUGUCUCCAGGAAUAAUUACACAUUACAUGCGUCCUCUUAAUCGUGCUCCUAGACUAGUUUCAGAAGAUCAUAUUGGAGGAUGGCAUCUUUGUCAAAUGGAGAUAUUAGACUGUACGAAAGUUCCAUGGCCAAAACCUUUGAUCACAAAGGUCCACAACGUGGACAACUGUGGUUGGCCCAGACAGGAAGCUGCCUAUGAAUGUAAAAUCAAUCUCAUGACAGGGAAAACUCAUCAGAUAAGAGCACAACUUGCUGCUAUAGGCGCUCCAAUUAUAGGUGAUUCUGCAUACAUGACUGGAGCAAUCGCAGCAAUGGCUAACCCAAGCAUAAACCCAUACGGCAGGGAGAGCUUGAAUUACAACAGUGAAGAGGAAAAGGCUGCUGCUGUUGAAGCCUGGGUUGCUUGCCAUGGCAAGGAACCGAAGUCCGUGAUUGGUCUGCAAGCAUCUGAGAUCUCAUGGGAUCACGAAGGCGAGCACCACUAUUACAAGGCAGGGGUCCCUUGGUGGCGGCAAGAUUCAGUGGAGUCAGACCUGGUCUGAACUGUGACAGCCAUACAAACGAGAAUUCCAGCUCCGGAGCACUGUCCCCCGAAACUGAAGUGACCGGUGCGAGUACCCUCAUCUGGGGGAGAGGGGAUAUCUUACUUGUCUGACAAAGAGAAGCAUGGCUGAUACACCAACACCGAUUUUGGGCCGGAACGCCUCGCCGACCGUCAGCACAAAUCUAACACGCCGAAGGUAUUCAGAUAGAAUGUCUGAUGCUGGACCUGUAACUGUUGUAAUCGGGGCAGAGUUGCUCUGCCAAUUCAAUUUUACCAGGGUUUACCUGGUUGCUGUAGUUUCUAAGAUUUCACCUGUCUGUGUACCUCGUACUAAACUGUCCCUGGUCCUUGUGUACUCUGCGUCGAGGUUGAAAGGAAAUUUGGUCCCCGUACA